GUCGGCGCUGACUCGCGAGGGACGACGCGUGUGCCGAGAGAGGACUGUUGUUUUCGGCGAACUGCUAAGAAACGUUCAUUCACACGAUCGAAAGGCUGCGAGGCGCGUGCUCGUCGUCCUCAUUUCGGUUUAGUCUCUUCAUCUUGCGAUCGGUAUCCUUCCGCGAGCGAGAGUUCUCCUGCGGACACCUGCCACGCGCCCCCGUGAGACAUUGACCGUGACACUCGGAAUCAUCCGGGAGUGCGCGUGAGAGAGAGAGAGAGAGAGGGACAAAGUGACUGCAUGCUCGUUCGGUCGGUUCUUUUUAACGAGAAAACGAUGACAGAUUGCAUUCGCGAGGGAAAGUGACCGAGAGUGUUCUCCAAGUUCAAUUUAUAUAGUUGAUGGAUCCGGAGGUAGAGUGCCAAGUGUUGACGGAAAGUUAUGACUCGUAGUGUUCUCCAGACUGAAAUACCGCUCGACAGACUUACGGAGAGAGAGAAAAAUGCAUUCGUGACAGAGAGUGAUUAGCUUAUUGGCGUUUUCCAAUUGGAACUCUCUGCGCUUGACCCGUUGGAUUUAACCGGUGAAAGAGUGCACUGAUUAAAUGAUCCCAGCUGUUUAUAAAAAUCGUUAUCGUUGAAACGAGAUUAGAGUGCCGGAAUGUCUUUAUGAGACUCGGUGAGACUGAUAUCAAAGUGUCUUGGUAACGUCACUUUUGGUGCAUUACAUUUAUAUACCUAUAUAUAUAUAUAUACGUGUUACGUGAGUGAAGUGGACCCGAGACACGACUCAGUCUACGAGAGUGUUAUCUUUCGCGUGAUUCUCGUGUAACCCGCGAUAGCGCGGGUUCCCCGUAACGAAGGUGGCUCACUCGGCUAGAGAUAGGACCGCCGAAUUGCAGGCGGAAGUACGCAGCGCCAUAAGAGUGCUGCAUGGCUGGUGCCCCCGCCCGCCCCAGGGGCACGCGCGGGGUGAAACGGUGUUGAUGUCACCGCAGUCCCAGAUACGCGGCAAUCACGGAAGAAACAGCGGCCCGCCGCCGCCGCCACCCGCGACAGUCGUAGUCAGUUCGACAUCCAGCAUGAGACCGCCGCCGCCGCCGCCGCCUCCCAGAGCGAGGACCUCGAACGAGAGCAAGGGCCAUCACGAGGAACCCACCAGUUCUAUUCCCGAUCUCGAAUUCGAUGGGACCACCGUGUUAUGCCGGGUCUGCGGUGACAAGGCGUCCGGUUUUCACUAUGGAGUCCAUUCCUGUGAAGGAUGCAAGGGCUUUUUCCGCCGGAGCAUCCAGCAGAAGAUUCAGUAUCGGCCGUGCACCAAGAAUCAACAGUGCAGCAUCCUCCGAAUCAACAGGAAUCGCUGCCAGUAUUGCCGUCAAAAGUGCAUCGCCGUCGGCAUGAGUCGUGAUGCGGUGCGAUUCGGCCGCGUGCCAAAACGUGAGAAGGCCAGGAUUCUGGCUGCCAUGCAGCAGAGCUCCCACAGCCGUUCUCAGGAGAAGGCGGUAGCAGCCGAACUGGAGGAUGAACAACGUCUUCUCGCGACCGUUGUACGAGCCCAUCUCGACACAUGUGACUUUACCAGAGACAAGGUGGCCCCGAUCCUCGCCAGAGCCCGCGAGACCCCAAACUACACCGCGUGUCCACCGACCUUGGCAUGCCCCUUAAAUCCUAAUCCGCAACCAUUGACCGGGCAGCAGGAACUGCUACAGGAUUUCUCCAAGAGGUUCUCCCCGGCCAUACGCGGUGUCGUCGAAUUCGCGAAACGUAUACCUGGAUUUAGCCUGCUGGCACAGGACGACCAGGUCACGCUACUAAAGGCCGGCGUUUUCGAGGUGCUGCUCGUACGGCUGGCGUGCAUGUUCGACGCUCAAACGAACAGUAUGAUCUGCUUAAACGGCCAGGUGCUCAAGCGAGAGUCCAUCCACAAUAGUAGUAACGCGCGAUUCCUAAUGGACUCGAUGUUCGACUUUGCCGAAAGGGUCAAUUCCUUGCGAUUAUCCGACGCUGAAUUAGGAUUGUUCUGUUCGGUGGUGGUGAUCGCCGCCGACAGACCUGGGCUUCGCAAUACCGAAUUGGUCGAACGUAUGCACAAUAAGCUCCGAAACGCUCUACAAACGAUACUCGCGCAGAAUCAUCCCCAGCAUCCAGACAUUCUCCGCGAGCUAUUGAAGAAGAUACCGGACCUAAGAACUCUGAAUACCCUUCAUUCGGAAAAACUUUUGGCGUUCAAAAUGACCGAGCAACAACAACAGCUGCAGGCUCAGCAACAACAUCAACAGCAGCAACAACAAACGCACGUUAUCACCGCUCAACAACAAUCACAUUGGCCAAUGGAGGAAGAGCCCCCGGCAUCCUGGGGUUCCGCUUCGGAUGUAACUCUGGACGAAGCGGUCAAGAGUCCGCUGGGUAGCGUAUCGAGUACCGAAAGUACUUGCAGCGGUGAAGUUGCCUCGUUGACGGAAUAUCAUCACGUCGCACCGCCUAGCGGUCAUCAUGCAUCAAGCGCGCCUCUUCUAGCCGCUACUCUGGCCGGUGGACUUUGCCCGCAUAGACGACGAGCGAAUUCAGGCAGUACCAGCUCCGGGGACGACGAGCUUCAUCGCGCUACCAUGUCGAAGACACCUCAACCGCCGCAAUGUCCGCGAUUCCGCAAAUUAGAUUCACCGAGCGACAGCGGAAUCGAAUCCGGCACCGAGAAGACCGACAAACCGGCCAGCAGCAGCGCCAGCAGCGCACCCACGUCCGUGUGCUCGAGUCCGCGUUCGGAAGACAAGGAAGUCGAGGACAUGCCGGUGCUGAAACGCGUGCUCCAGGCGCCACCGCUGUACGACACCAAUUCUUUGAUGGACGAAGCUUACAAGCCGCAUAAGAAGUUCCGCGCCUUGCGCCAGAAGGACAGCGCCGAAGCCGAGCCGGUCGUGGUGGUCCAACACACGCAGUCUCAGUUGCACAGACAUCUGACUACGCCACCAGCGCGAAGUCCGCCUACGCAAACGGCGCAACCCCAGUGUCCGCAGACUGCGAGUUUGCUGAGCAGCACGCAUUCCACCCUCGCGAGAAGCUUGAUGGAAGGCCCGCGGAUGACAGCGGAACAGAUGAAACGCACGGAUAUCAUACACAACUAUAUAAUGCGCGGCGAGGCAAGCCCUAGAUCGCCCACAGCAUCGCCGUCGCCCGCGGAGCAAUGCGCGUCGACAACUACCGCGACAGCGCGCACAACGCAAGGAUCUCAAGGUCUUCUGCAAUGCGCCACCACGAGCUACUCGAACAGAUGGCCGGCCACUUCGGUAAUCACGACAACGACAGGCGCGCGACAACAGCAGCAGCAGCAACAGCAGCAGCAACAACAGCAGCAGCAACAGCAGUCUUCCUCGGACUACCUCGCUGUUGGCAAUUCCCCGGCUUCGUCGCCGAGAUACCUAUCCGCGGCGGCGACUAGCAGUACGAGUACGAGUCCGAGACCGACCUCGAGUACGGCGGCCACGUUGGUACUAUCCGGUUGUCCGAGCAACAUGAUGGAGCUGCAGGUCGACAUCGCGGACAGCCAGCAACCGCUAAACCUAUCCAAGAAAUCGCCAUCCCCGUCGCCAUCACCCAGACCGCUCGUCGGACCGUGCAAGGCCCUCUCACUCGAGGCGUAGUGUUCUCGCGAGUUCGAGUGAUCUCCCGUGACACGUGCUGACGCGCGCGAAACCGGAAUGUCUGAUCCAUCUAUCACUUACCGGCGUGCGUUAAUCGUCGUCGUAACGCGGUACAACCUUCCCCGUCUCUUAACUAGAAACGAAAGUGCCAGGACGCUUUGAGCGCGUGACAAACCAAAUAAUUUAUUAAUUUAAACUACUUAUUGCUAAAAAAAAAUCGCGCGAAAAAAGGAGGUGGAGGUUACGGAGGAACGGACGAGAUAUAUCUCCGCAUAUAUAUAUAUAUAUACAUAUAUAAAUAUAUAUAUAUAUAUUUACGAGGAAGACAGACAUUCUCAGUGGCGAGAGUUCCUUUUUUUUUCCGAAAGUGUGCGAAACGACGAUGGAAAACGGACAUCAUGGACGGACGCUUGCGCCGUUGAGUGCCGAUCCGAUGAGAGCAACGAUGCCGUGUAAGGGAGCUACCUAUCCACCUAAAACUACCUAUCUACCUGUCUACCUACCUAAAAACCUAUCUGCUCUAGGUGUACAUCUAGAAGAUAGAGCAUCAGCGAGAUGGAAAAAAAAUAAAAGAUUGAGUGUUACAGAAAUUAAUAAUCUAUCUACAUGUGAUAAUCAUGGAAAUCGCGCAUCCUGUACAGUCUCCACCUCAUUCAUCGAUCAUCUACUCUACUAUAAUUAUUGAAUAUUAUAAAACUAAUUAAUAUUAUUGUAAUAUGUGUAAGGUAUUAUAAUCGUAAAAAAAUUAUCAUUUUUUCGUGUACGUGUAUAGAGAAAAAAAGACGCGUAUGAUACUCUUGCGCGAAUGACGAGAGGGAGACGUAGAGAGAAUGAGAUAAAAAAAAAAAAAAUGAAAGCGAGCGAGUGACGAGUGAACGUGCUUGUGCAAAUGAGUCGGGGCAAAUCGAAAAGCUUCUUGAUCGCGGUGGCAACCGAGAUUGGAAAAUCGCGCAUGCGAUUUUACAGAAUUAAACGUUUUGUUAUGAGACUGAUCGGCCCGCCGCGGCCACUAGUUUGCAAUUACCGUACCUUUGUACACUACGUGUCGUGUCUCUUCGUCUCUUCGAAGAGUAACGACUCGAGAAGUAAUUAUAUCCUCUAAUCGCGCCGUAUAGCGAGAUAGGUAUCGUAGGCCCGCUUAAACGCGUUAUACAAUAUUAUGUGUCGUGUGUGCAUGCAUUGAAAGUCAGACGGAUAGAUCGAGAUAGGAUCGCGAGAGAAAAAGAGAGCGAGAGAGUGGGCGACGAAAACAAAGUUAGAAAGGAAGAAAGAGAGAGAGAGAGAGAGAUAAUGAGAGAAUGAGAGAAGCCGCGAAGCAAAGCGGAGUUCCGAUAGAAUGGCGAAGCGCGGUGUAAAUAGUAGAUUCGUAAGGCUAUGUCUUGGCUAGGCGCGAGUGAACCUCUUUUGCUUCGAGAAAAUCGUGAGGGAAAGUUAGAAGAUACGCGGCGGGUCGCCGCCGACGUGUUGUUGAGACGCCCGCCUUUCCCCCUUCCUCUCCCCCUCCUUCCCCCCUCUUCCCCGCCUAAACUCUAUCUCCCCCGAAUCCUAGUAUGAAUAUCGCAUCAAACACGCAUAAAAAAAUCUACAACACGCUGAGCGAGUAAACAGUGUAGAAACACUUAUGCCUCCUUUUGAGACGGAUCCAGAUACCCCUAAGGAGAAAGAGAGCUCGCUUUAAUCAAGUCCGAUUCCGUAUUGGAUCGAUGAUUGCAAACCGAGUUGCAAUCGCAACCUCGAUUAGAUUAAAGGGAAGCUGGUCCGCGUCAAAACGGGGUAUUGAAAGCACAUUCAGUCUCCCGGCUGGAAUAUAGCCUAGCCAGAAGUAUUUCCUAAACACCCAGCUUUUAGAGGCCUCUGUAUUUAUUGUACCUAAAGAGAGUGCAUUUUUUUUCUCCCCAUUUCGCCGUGUAGCGUGUAUCACAACCCGUCCCCGUUUGUCCUCGAACGAGUCCUCGUAUAGAAUCCUCCUGGCUCUCUUUUACAAAAUACACGCAUGGACACAAGAGACAGACAUAUUUACACAACAGCAACACACAUGCACACUAAAGCGAACACUUGUCUUGUCCCUACCCCCGCAGACAACCUAGCGUUGAUAUCGUAAUACUUGUUAUGCAUAAACUACACAUAAUUAUUAUAGUGAACGAUACAUAUAAAGUAUGAUAUAUUUCCCUAUCCAUUAAGAAGAAGAAUACAAACAGCUGUUGUUUCUGGUGGAAAAAAA